CGUGCGCAUGCGUGGAGAGGGAGGGAGAGAAGGAAGACGCAGGAGGAAGUGGAAGGCGUCUCCUCUCUCUCUCUCUUGUCCUCCAUCUCUGGCCGGCCUCAGCAGCGCGCUCAGAGUCCCCGGAUGAGCCUUGGAGGAGACAGACAGAUGUAGAUAAUACCUGGGCCUGAAAGCGACUCCUCUUAAAAUGUCAGCUUUAAGCAAUGAUUGCUCACAUUUGGAAUCUGUUGGUGAAAUCACUAAAGAAGACUUAAUACAAAAAUCUCAUGGCACUUGCCAAGACUGUAAAAUAAAAGGACCAAAUCUUUGGGCAUGUUUAGAGAAUCGAUGCUCAUAUGUUGGUUGUGGAGAAUCCCAUAUAGAUCACAGCACCAUACAUUCUCAGGAAACAAAGCACUGUCUAACAGUUAAUCUUACGACAUUACGUGUCUGGUGUUAUGCAUGCAGCAAAGAAGUGUUUCUAGAUAGAAAACUGAGAUCACAUUCUUUGCUGCAAAAUGUACGACUGUCUCACCAAGCUCCAGACAUCAACAUGCAGGAUAUUAGGUUGCCUAGCAUCCCAACACUGAAAAUUCCUCUGAUUGCAACAUUUGAUGACCUAGAUAUACAAGUAGAUGAAGAAGAUGAAUUCAAGGCAAGAGGACUGACCGGUUUGAAAAACAUUGGGAACACUUGUUACAUGAAUGCAGCUUUACAAGCUCUUUCAAAUUGCCCACCAUUGACACAGUUUUUCCUUGACUGUGGAAACUUAGCUCGGACUGAUAAGAAACCUGCUAUAUGCAGAAGUUACUACAAGCUCAUGACAGAACUUUGGCAUAAAAGCAGACCUGGAGCUGUUGUCCCUACAAAUUUGUUCCAAGGAAUCAAAACAGUUAAUCCGGCAUUUCGAGGCUAUUCCCAACAGGAUGCCCAGGAAUUUCUGCGUUGUUUAAUGGAUUUGCUACAUGAAGAGUUAAAAGAGCCUGUUGUCACACUAGAAGAUACUAGCCCAACAAUUGCAGAAGAGAGAGGAGAAGACGAGAGGAGCCAGUCAGAUGGAGAUUCUGAGUCAUGUGACAACACUGACAAAGAAGAAGCUGAAUCUUGGUCAAAACCUGUGAUAGAGAACCUUUCAGAGGAUGCGAUGUUAAUUGAGGAAGAGGAAAGUGUAUCUAAAGACCAUCAGAAUGAGAAAUCCUUGUGUACCAAAAUGAACCCAGCAGGUUCUGUGGAAAACAUAGAAAAAGAUAUAAACAAUUUAUUUGAAAUGGCUGAACUUUUGAAUAACCAAGAAACAGUAAAAGUGCAAAUACACAGCAGAUACUCAGAUUAUGUCAAUGAUGUUCAUAUGAAUGAUGUGUCAGCUCCACAAAGUUUUUCUUCCAAGGAUGGAAGCAAUGCACGACCAUCAACCAGCCCCCCUAAAUCAAGUUCCUUCUGGUCUGGGCUGGCACCCUCACACAAAAAGGUUCCAGUUGCAUCAUCCUCUAAAAAGAAGAAACAUAAACAAUACAGGAGUGUUAUUUCAGACAUAUUUGAUGGAACUAUUGUAAGUUCAGUGCAGUGUCUGACCUGUGAUCGGGUGUCAGUUACCCUGGAAACUUUCCAGGAUUUAUCAUUGCCUAUUCCAGGUAAGGAAGACCUUGCUAAGCUGCACUCUGCAAGUCAUCAGACAUCUCUUGUCAAAGCAGGGUCAUGUGGUGAAGCAUAUGCUCCUCAAGGAUGGAUAGCUUUUUUUGUGGAAUAUUUCAAAAGGUUUGUUGUCUCAUGUAUUCCUAGCUGGUUUUGGGGCCCAACAGUUACCUUACAAGAUUGCCUCGCUGCCUUUUUUGCUAGAGAUGAACUGAAAGGUGACAAUAUGUACAGCUGUGAAAAAUGUAAAAAGUUAAGAAAUGGAGUAAAAUUCUGCAAAGUUCAACACUUUCCUGAGAUUUUAUGCAUUCAUCUCAAGCGAUUCAGGCAUGACCUUAUGUUUUCUACAAAAAUCGGGACCCAUGUGUCCUUUCCCUUGGAAGGGCUUGAUCUUCAACCUUUUCUUGCUAAGGAUAGUCCAGCUCAGAUAGUGAUGUAUGAUCUCCUAUCAGUCAUCUGCCAUCAUGGAACUGCCAUCAAUGGCCAUUAUAUAGCUUAUUGCCGGAACAACUUAAAUAACCGAUGGUAUGAAUUUGAUGAUCAGAGCGUCACUGAAGUAACAGAAUCUACUGUCCAAAAUGCCGAAGCAUAUGUCCUCUUCUACAGAAAAAGCAACGAAGAAGCCAAAAGAGAGAGACAAAAGCUGUCAAAUCUAAAUGUGAUGGAACCAAGCCUCCUCCAAUUUUACAUUUCCCGACAGUGGCUGAAUAAAUACAGAACUUUUGCAGAGCCAGGUCCUAUUUCAAAUAACGAUUUCCUCUGCAUACAUGGAGGAGUUCCUCCAUACAAGGCUACAUCUAUUGAGGACCUGGUCGUAAUGCUGCCUCAGAACAUCUGGGAUAACUUGUAUAGCAGGUAUGGCGGAGGACCAGCUGUUAACCAUCUGUAUGUUUGCCAUACCUGCCAAGUGGAAGCAGAGAAAAUAGAGAAAAGAAGAAAGACAGAACUGGAAAUGUUUAUUCGGCUCAAUAAGGCAUUCCAGGAAGAAGAUUCGCCGUCCAUAUUCUAUUGUAUCAGUAUGCAGUGGUUCAGAGAAUGGGAGGGGUUUGUGAAGGCCAAGGACAGUGAUCCUCCAGGACCCAUUGAUAAUGCCAAAAUUGCUGUCAACAAAUGUGGUAAUGUUGUUCUGAAACAAGGAGCUGACUCCGGACAGAUUUCUGAAGAAACAUGGAAUUUUCUACAGUCAAUAUAUGGGGGAGGACCAGAAAUCGUACUAAGGCCACCAGUUGCUCAAAGUGAACCUGAAUCACUACAGAGUGAAGAUAAGAUUGAGUUGGAAACAUGUGCUCUGUAGCCAUCAAGUGUGUGUUUUUAGGAGUGAUCUUCAACUCAACAUACAUUCCCGAGAUCUUUUGUUUUGCUGUUUUAUUUGUGAGGUGACAAGACAUUGGGCAUUACUUCAUCUGUGGAAAAUCAAUUGGCACUUGUAUACAGAUUCUAAAAGUAUAUUAGAGUUUUCAAAGACAGGUCUUGUUUUGAAAAUGUAACUUACUUGUCUCAUUUAACUGUAAGUAUGUGAAGUACCGAUGGAAGAUUUAACCAUUCUUUUCAGCAGAUCUUUACAGACUCUUCAAAUCAAAUUUAGUCAAGACAAGAUUAAAGGAGAACCCUUUAGAUGGAAAGAGAUGAAAUUUAACAGAUAAAUUAUGUUUCUAAUUUCCUAUGAAAACUCAGGAAAAGUUAGGUGUUGCUUUUAUUUGCACUGCAGUAUAGAAGAAACAUAAUGAACUAAAACUGUCAAAUGGUUUUGUUUCAGUGUGUCAGGUAUAUGAAUGAUUCAGAUAGAACAUUGUUUUGUUAGCAGAUAUAAAUAACGUCUUAUCUAAUAUUUAAGAUAAUUUUGACAUAUAUAAUCUAGUAUAAUCAAUAGUGUAUGUAUUUAAGCAAAACCAUAAUUGUUAAGAGUGUUCUUGAGCGCAUGAAGUGGGUAUGUUUAUUGCUUGUGCAUUGGAGAAAUUUUCUAGACUUUUUUAAUGCACAGUUUCAUGUGGAAAGAAAUAUUGUAUAGUUAGGCAAUGCUCAUUGGCAUGAUUUAUGAUGUCAGACGUUGACUUGAAUCCACACAAGAAGAUUGCAAAAGCAUUCUUGAUUAUUCAUAUUGAAGUGUUGAAUGUCACCCAAAUGUCUUUCUUCCUGAAUAUUGCUACCAUACAAGCAAUAUUAUUAAAUGCUAGAUCAAUAAAAACAGUUUUUAAAAUGGUAA